GAGAAUUUGUAACAAGAUGGGAAUAAUCGGGUGCAACGUUGACGGGUACAUGGACGAUGACAAGUUCAGCAAGCCAAUGCCAUGGAUUGGAAUAUACAUAGCAGCAGCAUCCCUUGCUUGCCUCAUAGCAGUAACCGCCGAUCUCGUGCUCGGGUUUCGCGGCCGCAAGCUGUGGUUCCCCUGCAAAUAUUUCUGCCUCAAUGCCACCACCUUGACUGUCAUUGGCGUUGCGCUGAAGCUUUCCGUGGAUCUCAACACUUCCAUGCCUCAGCGCUCUGACCAGCUAGCAAAACUCACCAGCAGUGCAUUCACCUGCACAAUCAUGGGUAACUCCAUGCCUUCUCUUGGUGUGACGGACAAGAAAGAGACGAUGAUGAAUGUUGUGGCCAUGGGAAUACUUGUGAUCACCAUGAUUGCGAACAUCUGCAUCCAAUUUGCUACUGGUGUUAUCUAUGUAUUCUGGGCAGAACAUGUUGUCAUCAUACUUCUAAUGCUCAUUCUCUUGAUGACAAUGUUCUCCUUAGACAUAGCAAUUCCCAAGAUGAAGCAUUACUUGGAGCUGAAGUACGAAACAAACGAGGCAAUGCUUAAAGAAAGCUUAAGCCGAAUGGAGGAGGAAGACACUGGACAACUCAUCAACAAUCUUAGAGAUGAAUUGAUGAGGGUUUGGAUGAUGGCACACACUAGUAGCCCCCAAUUUGUUCUUGGAAGGUCAGUAACAUGCACUGCAUCCGGUGCGUUCUGUCUUCUAAGUACAUUGGCAUUAGCCGAGGCAAUGCUUCGGUCUUACUUGAUGCCUUGGUCCUUAAGAUUCUGCUCCGGCGACAGCGAUUACAAAUGGUCUACCACAUUGAUUCUCAUAGUUCAAGUUGCUGCAGUGGCAGUUGGUACUAUUGCCCCUGCAUUUAGAUGGUUCACUGCCAUAACUUAUAGGUGGCCAAAUGUGAGACAUAAGAACAGCAAGAGAAGAUUGCAAGUAGAAGGGUAUUGGAUUGACAGACUAGAACUAUUGAAAGAAAGGCCUCUUGGUUAUCGAAUUCAGAAUAGGCAGUUUAGAAAGAUAGCCCAUGAUGCAAAACUGCUUCUACUUAAUCUCUUCAUUAAAAUGCAGGUGGGGAUUGUGUUGUUGAGCAAAGCAACACAAUUCAUUUCAAUAUCUCUCAUGUGCUUGGUUUUGGAGUGUUACGAGCGGUGCAAGAGAUUGAAAUCCAACUUUAAUAACAACGUCUCGAGCAUUAACUCAGUGGCAGAGUCAAAGCCGGAUCUAAAGCGUUUCGUUCUUCAUCUUGAAGGCGAGGAAGAGCUAGUUGAAGUGAUGAUGAAAAACAACCGUGACGCGACUAAUCAUUGGUUUCAUGUAGGAGAGAAGAAUGAGCCAAAACAAGUCAUUGAGCUAAUACAAGAUAAAUGCUCUGUCUUGCAAGGGUUUAAAGGGGUGGCAACAUUUGAUAGUGACCAAGUUCUAUCUUUGCAUCCUGUGGAAGCCCUAUAUGGUUGGUCACUUCCUUUAGUAACACUAGCUAGCAUAAUAGUUGCAAUUCCAAACAUCAAUAGGCUCAAAGUGAAAAACUUGAUAGGAGCUCUAAAUGAAGGGCUCCUCUAUGUGAAGUUCAUAGAAAACAAUAUGGACAAAGAAGGAAAAUUAAGUAAAUUGAGAAUGGCAGCAGAUAUUGUGUGGCUUGGAGUUGAUUUAUAUGAUAAGUGGUUAGAUGUGGAUCUUUAUAAGCUCUCCCUUCAAGGAAAGAGUCCCAAAGAGACAAUAGAGAGACUAGCUGAAGCUGCUAAAAUCAGGUAUGACAAAUUCAAAGCAAAAUAUAGACACAUAUGCAAUAGGGUAGCACCUUCAUCAUGGCCCAUCAAGAUAUUGGCAUCUAACUCCAUGUACAGAAUAAGCCAAACUUCUCUCUUAAACAAUGAAAUCAUGAGCUCAGAGAGGUUGUUUGAAGCACUAACAGAAAUGAUAUGUGAUAUAUUGGGUGCAUGUCUCACAAACUUGCCCCAUGUUAUAUCCACAAAGUGCUUGAACAGUGCCAUUGAAGAACGAGAGGAGAGUGUGAGAUAUGCGGUUUGCAUGCUUGGUCAAACCCACAGGAUAAUAGAGAUGCUAGAGAAGAGGACAUUUCCAAGCUUGGAUUUUAGCAAAGGGACAAACAUUGAAGAUUGGCGAUUGAUGCAUAAAAUAGAGGCACUAGAUAUUGACUAAACUAUUUUUUUUUUUUGUAAAUAUUUUCCUUUUCAUCUUACAUGGUUUCACUUUCUAUCUUUUAUUUUGUAAGAAUGAAACUUAUCUAUCCAUAUUCAGCCCUUCAUUAGAGAGUAUCCCUUCUUUUUUAUUUUUCU